AUAAAUGAAUAAAUCAAUUACUUCUCCCUCAACUAACUUCCACUUUCACUUCCGAUUCCUUCCUUCUUCAACCCCUCCAUUAAACAACACCAUAUUGACUCAUUCUUAUUCCUUUCUUUUUUCCUUCUCAUCUAUACCAACACCCAUGUCUUCUUCUUCUCCUUCUUCUUUCUUCUGACCAAUUUCUCUCUCUAUUCUUCUUCUGGAACGCCAUAUCGAUGUCUUCUCUCCUUCUUUUCUUCUCUCUUUUCUCCCUUUUCCCUAAAUUAUCUCUCUCGCAACCCCCUCUAAGUUUUUACAUUAAUUGUGGUGCUUCGUCUCCUGUUGACUUCAACGGUCAUCAAUGGAUACCAGAUUCAAAUUUCAUAUCUGUUGGAGUAAACAAAACGGUUUCUGGUUCACGGGUUUUGCCAAUCCUAUCAAGUGUUCGGUCAUUUGUUCAAGAGAGAAAUACCCACAAAAAAUUUUGCUACCAAAUUGGACCUGUAAUUCGUUCCGCAAGAUAUAUGGUUAGAACUACUUAUUUUUAUGGCGGUGUUAAUGGGAAUAAAAAUCCACCCGUAUUUGAUCAAAUUGUGGAUGGAACUUUGUGGGGUUUGGUUAAUACAACGGAAGAUUACGCCCAUGAUAUGUCUACUUAUUAUGAGGGUGUUUUUCGUGCUGUUGGGAAAACUGUGAGUAUUUGUCUUGGUGUAAAUCAGCUUACUGAUUCUGACCCUUUUAUUUCCGCUAUUGAGAUGGUUAUGCUUCAGAAUUCGGUUUAUAACACCACUGAUUUUAGCAAAUUUGGAUUGAGCUUGAUUUCUAGGAACAAUUUUGGAUAUACUGGACCAAUUAUAAGUUUACCAGAUGAUCAAUUUGAUCGCUUGUGGCAACCAUUUGGACCUCGUCAAGCUGCUAUGCAAGUUCCAAAUGUGUCUGUUUCUGGAUUCUGGAAUCGUCCACCAGCUAAGAUCUUUGAGACACGCCUAACUGUCAAUGCAGGGCCAAUGGUGCUGCAAUGGCCAGAUGGACCUCUUCCGAGCUCCACAUACUACAUUGCUUUAUAUUUUGCUGAUGACCGUGUUCAAUCAUCUGGGCGAGCAUUUAGCAUUAGCAUCAAUAAUGUGCCGUAUAUUAGAAACCUGAAUGUGACAUCAUCUGGUGUAGCUGUAUUUGCAACCCAAUGGCCACUAGCUGGUCUAACAAGUAUAAAGUUCACCCCAGUUGAUGGAUCAGAUGCUAGUCCUCUCAUCAAUGGUGGGGAGAUUUUUAAUGUCUUACCAAUCGGAAGAAGAACACAUGUUCGUGAUGUGAUUGUUUUAGAAAGAAUCAAAAGCAGUCUCUUGUAUCUUCCAGAGGAUUGGAGUGGUGACCCUUGUUUCCCAACUGGUUACUCUUGGACUGGGAUUACAUGCUCCAAUGGUACUCGGGUUCGCAUAACCUCUAUAAACCUGAUGAAUAUGGGUGUUUCAGGAUCCUUGUCUCCUGACGUUGCAAAUUUGACGGCAUUGACUACAUUAGUGCUUGCAAACAACAGCUUGUCAGGACCUAUACCCUCAAGUCUUGGUAAAUUGAAGCAUCUGGAAGUACUGGGCUUGGAAAAUAAUCGCUUUAUCGGAACCAUUCCUUCAUCACUUGGAGGGAUUGGAAGUUUGCGUGAACUGCAUCUGGAGAACAAUAAUCUAAAUGGAACAGUUCCGAAAAGCCUUCUUCAAAAACCCGGGCUGCACUUUACGUUUACACCCGGCAAUCGCCUUUCACUUUCGUCUGGACAAAAAACAUGAUCCAUGGCCGUCCUCCAUCAACGACUAUACGGUGUACGUAUUUGUGUAAUCAGUGAUUUGAUUAAUAUUUUUUGAUAACUUCAAAUACAGCUGGAAGCUGCAUGGAUACCCUUGUGUUCUAGCUCCAGAGCUAGUUGUCUGAAUUAGAGUAAAGGCUUCUGUGUUUGAAGUACUUGGUAUAAUUAAACAAGCUCCUCUAUGCAGCCUGAGGGUCAGGCUGUCAUUUUGUUGUACAAAUUUUUUUCUGAUAUAGGGGUGCUUCUGAGUUCUGACUUUGUUUAGCUGUAUAUGGUCCCCUUUACCUUCUCCCAAUAGUGAAAAUGCUAAAGUAAAGCAAAUUCUGGUUUUGUUUGUAUACUACUAUACUAUUUAUCUGUUACAUUAAUCACUGUUUUUCUAUAAAUUAUAUUAAUGAAUUGUAAAUGCAACUCCUGUUUGCUACAAA